AUGAUCUACCAUGAUGCUCUGCCAAUGCGCAUGGGACACUUUCGCCAUAUCUUCCUUUUGAAGACUUGUGGAAAUUCCACAAUUUUGGCUUUUCUCCAGCGUCCACGACAACAGCUGGCUGCCACAGGUUACGAAGUCUUCAGGUGCGACGACAUCACCGAAGUAAACUCCUCAGCGUCCAGCCCUAUUCACGAAUUGCCCCCCGCCUCCACUUCAAAAACUGCGACCGUCGCCGCGAUAAGUAGAGCGGCUGAGAUCAAGCCCAAAAUAGGGGAGCUGAAGCCACUGGCGGCCUGUGCGGGUUUCCUGGAUGGACGACGGUGGUCAUGGUCUGACAGUACAAGCAACUCAGGUAACUGUGCACUUAAGUACCUUGUUAGUAACCGUAGGAGAAGCUUGUGUGAAUUGGACCCGUUGCGCUCAUUAAGCGUUCUGUCCACCUUGCCGAGUCCACCUCGCAUUGCGUGA